AUGCAAUGCGAUACCACGACUGUGAGCCCAGAGCUGGACGCUGAAGAGGCGGCAGAAGAUGGGAGCAGCUUAGUAGUCCAUAAACGAAGCGAGCGGAGAAGAGAUAGAGCGUUGGUGCGGGAGCUCGAGAGCUUACGUUACGUUGUGAAGGUGAAGUCGGUGAGAAUAGAAGAGGCACGGAAAAUUCUCGAGAUGGAAGAGAAUAAGCUGAGUAAACUGUCUAGAAGUGAGCUCAGUAAGCCGCAAGAGGUCGGGGAGCAGCAGAGCCGUGUGGAGUCGGCGUGGAGGCUCGUCACUGAGCAUGAGUACCUUCGAGACUUGGCGUUGUUAGAAGUUCAUCGCUUGGAGAGCUCAGCAUUGGCGACGAGGGAGCAGUCAGAACUCGGCAGUAUGGAGGCUUCGAUGACGGCAGCUGUAGCAGCUAGGAAAUUGCAGGAUGAGCUGAAAAGAGCACACCGAGAUGUUCAACGUGAGCGAACGAAGUUUGAGGAGGAAGAGGCUCAACAGAGGCUGGAAGCGGAGCGAAAUUUUACUGUAGCGGCUGAAGUGAGGAAGGCUCAAGUCGCUGUCAGGAAGCGGUUGUUCGAUAGGCAGCAGGCUGUGAGAGCGAAAGAAGCAGAAAAUGAUGAGAUACGGCGUCAGAUGGGAGAGCAGGCCCAGGCUAGGGUGCUGAGCCUGAGGCGAUCCUUAUUGGCGAGUAAGGCACGUAUAAAGCGACGUAAUGACCAGAGGUAUGCGGAGGAGCUGAAAAAAUUGAGUGAAUUUGAGGAGGAAAAGAAGGAGCUUCUCGAACAGGGCCUGAAUCCAUAUGAGGUUUUUAGAACUCGCGAGUUAGAGGAAAAGAAGGCUUGGGAUCAACUGCAAGCAGUGGAACUGGGCAGGAUGCGAAAGGAAGCUUUGCGGAAGAAGAUGCAGUAUGAAGCGAAGGUGAAAGCCGCGGAAGUUGCGGAGAGAGCUCGGGAGCGGGUGUUGGCCGCUGAGUUUCAACGAAACGUGUCGGGAGUAGCCGACAAGGAACGCUUUGGUGCCUUUAUCGCAAAGCACUCUAUUGGAGGAGUUUCUGUUCUCGACCCACUGGGAAAGGCUGCUCGUAUUGACGGCUCUAAGGUCACUGUCUGCCGAGAUAUGUCGUUCGGACUAGGCCGAGCGUCGCGAGAGGUUAUUGAGAAAGCUAAGGCAGAGGUAGCAGCGAUGGAGAGGUCUGUCCGGAUGGCGCUCAAACGUGUUCGAGCUGGUCGAGGAUCUUCUGAUAGUAGUAAUGCACAAGUCACUGUGAGAAGGGUUGGGGAGAAGCCUGAGGAAGCGCUGUUUUCUACGCUUCUCGUUGCUGAACAAAGAGGAGGCAAGCUGGAAAAGUCUUCCCUAUGUGCAGCUGCAGCAGCUAGUCAGUUGCAUGAGGAGCUCUCUGUUAUGAUUGCUGGAGGUCCCCGAGAAGCCGCUGAGGCUGCAGCUCGACUACCGGGGGUUAAGAAGGUGUAUCACUGUAAUCCCGACGAUGCCGCUUUGGAGCACCCUGCAGCGGAUACUUUCGCAAAUGCUGUUGUGAAACUGUCGAAGGAGAUGGGGGCCUCUUAUGUGGUCGCUGGUAACAGUAGUGUUAUGAGAGAUUCCCUACCGCGCGCAGCUGCUGUCUUGGACACACAGCCUAUCACAGAUGUCAUCAAGGUGCUUUCGAACGACACUUUUAAGAGGCCGAUGUAUGCUGGCAAUGUUGUUGCUACUGUCAAGUCUACGGAUCCCGUGAAGGUGCUUAUCUUUCGUCCAACUGCAUUCGAGCCUGCUGAGGCUCCCCAGGAUGCCGCCACGACUGCUGCUGAGAUUAUCAAGACGGAGAUAGAUGCGGCUACCUCUAGCAUUAAAUUCUUAAGUGAAGCCGAUAAGUCUACCGAGAAACCCAUGCUGCAAACUGCCCAAGUUGUGGUGGCUGGCGGUCGGGCUUUGAAAGAUGAGAAGACCUUCGACAGUGUGCUGGACCCUCUCGCUGAAAAACUCGGUGCUGCAUUGGGGGCCACACGAGCUGCUGUGGAUGCCGGGUACUGUAGCAACGACUUGCAGAUCGGGCAGACCGGGAAAGUUGUAGCGCCACAGCUAUAUAUCGCAAUUGGCAUUUCUGGUGCCAUCCAGCAUACUGCGGGUAUUAAGGAUUCCAAAUGCAUUGUUGCUAUCAAUAAGGAUGCUGAGGCUCCGAUCUUCCACGUCGCGGACUACGGGUUGGUUGGUGACCUUUAUAAGAUCGUUCCUGAGCUUACUGCUAAGCUCUGAGGGUGUGUGAUGUGGUUGACCCUGUUUCUGUCUGAAUCGCGAUGUGUGUAUUGCUGAACAAAGGCGCACUCUGGCGCCCAUUACGGAUAAGGU